AGGCAAAUCUAACAAACAGUCAACUGAUAGCCUUCAUCUCUUUCCCCUACCAACUCUCUAGAAUUACUCAUUCAGAAAAUGGGUAUGGGUAGAGUGACUGAAACAGUUACGAAAAUGGAGAAAUUCAUAGGCCCGAGCAAACCCAUUUUCAUAGGGGUAGCAGGGGUGGCUCUGUUAAUGCUGCUUUUGAGUUUCUCACCUUCCACUAGUUUUCCCAACAUGUUUGACAUGUCAAAGAUGACGAUGUCGCCGGAAAAAGACGGCGAAGCUACGAAAGAUUGCACCACCGUGAGUGAUCAAGGCCUUGACCUGGGCCACGACCCGGCCGACCCAACGUUCUACGACGACCCUUCAUUCAGCUACUCCAUUGGGACCCCGUUAACAAACUGGGACGAGAAGAGACAAAAGUGGCUCUAUCACCACCCCUCCUUGGCCGCCGCCGCGGGAGGAGGAGUACUCAACCGUGUCGUCGUCGUGACGGGCUCGCAGCCCCCGCCGUGCGAGAACCCGGUCGGGGACGCCCUCCUGCUGCGGCUGUUCAAGAACAAGGUCGACUACUGCAGAAUCCAGGGCCACGACAUCUUCUACAACAACGCGUUCCUCCACCGGGAGAUGACGUCGGUGUGGGCGAAGCUGCCGCCGGUGAGGGCGGCGAUGGUGGCCCACCCGGAGGCCGAGUGGGUCUUGUGGCUCGACUCCGACGCCGUCGUGACGGACAUGGAGUUCAAGUUACCCUUCGAAAAGUACGGAAAUCACAACUUUGUCAUUAGCGGAUGGGAAAACUUGAUUUACGAGAAGAGAAGCUGGUUGGGUCUGAACACAGGAAUCUUCUUGAUCAGAAACUGUCAAUGGUCGAUUGAUUUCAUCGAAACUUGGGCGUCGCUGGGCCCCGCGAAUCCGAAUCACGAUGAACUGAAGGAAAUCAUAAGGGGGACUCUGACGGAUAAAGAAUUCCCGGGUGACGAGCAAUCGGCUUUGGUUUACUUGAUGUUGAAAGAGAAGAAGAAAUGGGGGGAAAAGGUUUAUAUAGAGAAUGGGUACAGUUUUAAUGGGUACUGGGUGGUAAUAGUUGAUGGGUACGAGAAGAUUGAGGAGAUGUAUAGGGCGGUGGAAGCGGCGGCGAGUGGGUUGAGGCGGCGGCGGGGGGAGGCGGUGAGCGGGUGGUAUGGGGAGAUGAGGGAGGUUUAUUUGAAUGGAACUCGGGACGGUGGGAUUGGUGGGUGGAGGCGGCCGUUUACUACGCAUUUUACGGGGUGUCAGCCGUGUAGCGGGCAGCACAACCCGAUUUACGGGGGUGAGAGUUGCUGGAAUGGGAUGGAGAGGGCGUUGAAUUUCGCGGAUAAUCAGGUGCUUCGGAACUACGGUUUUGUGCACGAUGGUUUGGGGAAUUCUUCGUUUGUGUCUCCUUUGCAAUUUGAUUCUCCGUCAUGA